GUAAUUAAUCUGCUAUCCAUGUUUCCAAACAAUUCUCAUUUAUGUUUUAUCCUUGUUUCCAAACAAUUCUCAUUUAUGUUUUAUUCAUGUUUCCAAACAGUACGAAAAAGUACUUCAGUUUUAAUAAUAUAGAUAGAGCAGAUGAAUUUUUAAAUAAAUAUAGACCAGAUGAAUCCUCCCAAGCUGACCGAGUAGAGAUUGAAAUAACGACAAUUGUAAAUAUAUAAUUCUAUGUAUGGGGGGACCAUUGCACGAAAUAAGUUAUAUCACAGUUCUAUCAUAUAACUUGAUGUAUUAUUUAUAAGAUUCAUUGUGUUUUAAUUAUGUAAAUAGAUUAUCAUAAUUUAUUGAACAUAAACCCCUUUAAUACUUAAUUAUGUGAUUGUGUAAUACAACAAAAAUACUUAAGAUAUUUUUAACUGUGUUUGGUAAACUUUCGAAAUCUGAAAUAAGAUAUCUUUUAAUGGUGAUGAGCCGUAAUCCGUAUGCACAAGACAAAAUUACGAGCAGCGAAAGACUAGCAGGGAAAGUAAAACGUCAGACAUGUUUCGGGGACAAAAAGACAAUAUGAUCAAAUGAAAAUAAAGUUUGAGAGGCCAUAUUCUAAAUCUGUUCACUUGUUGUUAAUCCGCCAAUCACGGAUCUUAAUGUUUUGCUGCUAAAUAUAUAAUCAUGUUCCUUAUCCUUUUGACAUUUUCUGACUUGAAUUAUAUAAUCACUAGAAUCCAACACCAAACUAGUCAAUAAUUAUACAUCAUUCACCAAUCACUGUUGGUAUAAUCAGAUUCCUAAAAUCAUAUAUCGUGUUAUCGAACUAUCAAUUUACUUGAUUUCAGGAAAUGAAUUAUAUUUAUUUACCAAUUAAACGACAAAGAGAAUAAAGAAAACAAACUUUGUCAUGGCUACAUAAUUUUUUUUUUUUUUGAAACUUGUCAUGGUUACAUAAAACAGUGCAUUAUUUCUAGCAUAUAUUAAUGGAUGAGAUGGUCUUGCAUUUGUUUACUAUUCGUAAUUACAUGUUUACGUUUAGUACGCUGGAAAAACCUUCUUAAAAUUAGUGUAUACUUCUUUAUAUAUGAGACCAAAGAGGGUUUUCAGCUAAUCCGCUGUUUGCAUGGUGGAUGUUGCUAGUCGCUAGCUAAGCAACGAAGGUGACAACUUUUAGUGAACAUUAUACCUGUUUAGUUUUUUUUUUGCUAAAAAUGUAAAUAUCAUUAACAAGUUAAUGAAAGUCUGAUUACAAAUAGUUGCAAUCUCGUCUGCUUCAAAGCAAAUCCGAUGCAAUAGGCCGCAAAAAAGAUUUUAAAAAAAAACUAUAACAUCAAUCAAGAACCGAGUUUGUUUAGAAAAACCAAACUUGGAACUACAGUCAAGCAACAAAAGUGAAGUCCACUUUAAUUCAUAACAAGCACUUCCUAGAACCUGGAUAAUACUGAAGGUAACGAGGAGUAGGCUAAGCGGAGAUGGUUUACCGAAGACGAACCCGUAGAUCUCUCAAGCUGCGAUGACAGAGGGCCUGGCUAAUUACCAUUCAGAAAAACUAAUAGUACUCUUUGGAAUGUUGCGUAAUUGGUAAUAGUACUCUUUUUGUAAUGUAUGUGAGAUAUAUAACAACUAUCCGGUUCAAUAUCAUCAAAAUUCUCUGUACAAAAUAAUUGAAUAGAGCCAACGUGUGUACUGACUUGAACAUUACCUUUAGUCUCACAGGCGGUUAAGAGCAGGUUGGACUGGUAUAGUACUAUUAACUGAACCGAACGAAAUUGAAACUCAGAAGUUUCUGGUUUAGUUUCCAAUAUAACCGACAUCACCGAUUCAGUUAUAUAUUGCAUUCCCUCCAAAAAAACAGAGUGAGACCUCAUAUGAUAUAAAGAACCCUCGAGAAGCUAAGAAACAAAUCGUCUCCCGCAAGAAAAUGCCUUUCUCUAUCUUCUCCCGCAAGAAACCCACUCGCCGGUUCAACGACUUCUACUCCGACUGGUCCAAAACCCUAACCGACAACUGCCUCCCUCUCCUCCGCCAAUCCCUCUCCUCCGCCGCCUCCGCCUCCGUCCUCUCCUCCAACGUCGACCUCGUCCUCCGCCACCUCGUCUUGUACUACGAAACCCUAGACCUCGCCGCCGACCCCAACACCAUCCCUUACCUCCUCUUCCCUUCGUGGCGCAACUCCCUCGAGACGCCCUUCCUCUUCCUCGGCGACAUCCACCCGUACCUCCUCACCAACCUCCUCCGCUCCUUCAUCGACCGCGAGAAUCAAGAUUCCGACUACGAGGACGAGGACACCCUCCGCUUGAUUCCGGACCUCGUGAACCAGCCCUUGAAGAUCGCCACCGCGUGGAAAGAUCCGUCGGACGAGCUGGUGAUGAGGAUCGAUCAGAUAGAGUGUACGAUGAGGCUUAUGGUUCCUGUUCUUAUGGACCGUGUGAGGAAAGCGCAGAGAGGGUUCGUGUCUCGCGUCUCGGAGAACUGGAUCGCGUCGUAUCAGGUGGGGAAGAAGAGGAAGACGGCGGUGACGGCAGCUUCGGCGGGUGUGGAGGAUGCGGCCAAGGGAGAGAUGGAGGAGCUUGUGAGUAUCUUUGUUGACGCGAACCGUUUGAGGAAGAGUGUGAUCAUGGACAUUGUUGGAGCUACGAGCGAGCAUCAAGCAGCUUUGUAUCUUGAAGGGUUGUGUCAGUUUCUUGCUGGGUUUAAAGAUCAGGUUCUUCUCCAAGAUUUCGAGGUCGUUGCAUUGCCCAAUUAGGAAAAUAAAUAACUCUGUGUUUCUUCAUGGUUGAAUCAAGAUUUGAUUAGUUGUAGAAUGUUUUCAAAAUUUUGUAAAUUUCUAUGGAGUUGCACUCCGUUAUGUUACAUAUUACAUUCUAUAGAGACGGCCAUAGCCGGUUAUUAUCCGGUUAUGUUGAGAUUUUGUAUAGAUGAUAUGGUUUUGUAAGUUUUCCACUUUUCAGAGAAAUGCAAUGUUGCUUACUUGUUUAGCUAGGAGGGCUUAUCCAGCACCUACAAAAACAGAACACUCUUAGGUCUAUGUUUCUUCUUAUACAUAAUUUGGAUGGACUCUCAAAGAAUGUGAACUACUAAGAGUCUAUUUGUUAAUGUUCGUAUGUUAGUUUAGAAAACACUUAACAUUAAUUGAGAGUCAGUCCAAAUUACUGUAUGUAUAAUGUUGAACGAAUAUAGCAUGUCAAUCGGUUUGUUCAGUUGUGGUUUGUUUGGAAUUUUUCGGUUUGGUUUCUAGAUUGAUUGGUUUUCCUUCCAUUUUAACAUGUUAACCCAGAGUUUGCAUCUGGCUGCAGCUGACCAUCGAUGGAGCCCAUGGCAUAGCUGAGAAAUAUUAUCGAGCCCAUAAGCCUAGAAUUUCUGUAGAAUAUGUAUCUGAACUUUAUGUACAAUUGUUUCGACUAUGGUAGACUAGGCCCACCAGCGCUAGAGACCUUUUAAAAGAUUAGGAGCAUAUGCACCGCCGAAAUGAAAACAUAGUUGAACUUUGAUGUCGAUUAAAUUAAUCUUAUAAACGUGUCGUACAAAUACAACUCACUGCUUUUAGGUUUAUAUUUAUUUUAUUUUAAGUACUCGCUGAAACAGUUUGAUGAUAUUGAACCAGUUUGACGUUUACAUGGCUUGAAACGCUAAAAAUGAGGGCAAUUCAAAGUCUUCAACAACUCUGUUUUAAUAAACAUAAAGAUUUGACAAUAACGUCGGCCUCGACCAUCUAAUUCUAAGUAAUCUCCUUUAGAAUAAACGAGGGUGUUAAUUAAUCGGGGGUAUUAUAUAUAAUAUAGAGUGAUAGAGAGAUUUCAACCGAUUUGAAAUUAUCAAAUGCUCAUGCAUGUAAUAAUAAUAUGCAUAUGGCCUGGCCAAACUAGUCUUAUAUUAUAAGAUAAACGACUUAUUCUCGAGGACUUGUUGAAUCUAUUAGUGCUUAUCACUUCUUCCAAUUUAUUUAACGAGCCGUAUGCUGCCUUUUGUUAGCUGGCGUAUAAAGGUUCAUUGGUCAUUUUUCUAUGUUCAGAUCCAAUAUAAUAUAAGAAAUGUCGUCGUUCACAUGAAAAUGAUUUUAUUUAUUCGGGGGACUAUCUAUCAAUCAAUUUUCUAGGACUAUUAACAUUUGAAAAAAAACUCAAUACAAAAAUUAAUUCACGUAACAUGUGGUAUAUGAGUCGUUUCUAUUGUUAACUAGUACGUGAUUCGUGAAUAUAGGAUCUUUCAGUACAGGUUCUUGAUAAAAGAAACGAAUUAGUUUCUUAUAAAUUAUAAUGAAGUGGUUUUUGAAUUUUGACUAUCUUUAUCUGGUUAGAACCUCAUAACUAUUAUGAAUACAUACUUCUUUUGGUAAACAUAUAAAAAUAUAUUACAGUUCUGUAUUUUUGACGAAAAUUACAAUUAGUAGCAAAAAAAAGAUUUAAAAGAAACACUGCAAAUACUGAAAAGUAGAAGAUUAAACAAGGAACGAACAAAACAAAACAACACUCUAUACCCUGAUCGCGAUGAAACCAUCUAAAAGCAACUCCAAUGGUGAAUAUACUCAUAUUAGGUUCUUUGUGAUAAAAAUAUUAAUACUUUGAUAAUGGUUUACUUUUUAUUUAAAUCUUGUAUUUUGUAAAAAAAGUCACUCAAUUGAAGAAAGACAUCUGUGCUCAAGAGGUUUAGAGAAGUCUUAGAGCAUCAUUAUCGGCGUCCCAAACCGCGUCCUUACCGAAUUAAACCGAAAAAAUAAAUCAAAAUGAAAUUAAAAAGAAGAAAACGUAUGUUAGUUAAGAAGUUUUUGUGUCCGUCCUUAACGGCACGUGUCAUCGCGGGAGGGAGUGUGCGUCUAGGGUUGGAACAGGGGAGUCGAGUCAUUCUCAUCCUCUCCCUUCUCUCUCUCAACGGCGAUCUCGGUCUCACCCUGUUCCCUCUCCCAAAAUCUGUCUCAGCCGUUCCGUCUCUCGACCUCUUUCUCCGCCGUUCCCUCUCUCGGCCGAUCUAUCUCUCCGUCUCCAUCUCCCGACGUUUCCUCUCUCUCCCGAUCCGUCUCUCGACCUCUUUCUCCACCGUUCCCUCUCUCGGCCGAUCUAUCGAACAUCUUCUUUAUUCAGCUCUCCGCUUAGCUAAAAUCAGUAACCAAAUAUUUUUUUUCCUCUAUAAACCCUUCUCUGUAGUAAUUGCCAUGGAUCCAAGGAAUCCAUAUAGCCAGUUCUGCGCCGCAUACGCUUCUGCAGAAAGACAACAAGCCAGUGGCCAGAACGAAACUGAUGUUCUGAAGGUUGCUCACCAGAUCUUCUACGCUGAUCAUAACACCAAGUUUACUCUUGAACAUGCAUGGUGUGUGUUAAGGUUUGAGCAGAAAUGGCUUAGCCUUAACACACCUCAACCCAGUGGCAGUUUAAAGAGAAAAACGGGUGAGCCAGGUUCCCAAGCGUCAGUUGGUGAUCAUGAGACCCGGCCUGAAGGUUCUAAGGCUGCAAAGGCAAAAAGGAGUAGCUGUAAGGGGAGGGAUCUUGAUGAGGUUAAGACCAUUUGGGAAUUCAAAAAGGAGGAUUUGGAGAUGAAGGAGAAAUUGUCAAAGCUGGCAAUACUUGACACUCUGCUUACUAGAGAGCAACCAUUAAGUGAUGCUGAAGAAGUAGUUAAGAAUAAGCUGCUUGCCUUGUAUUUCUGAGAAUGAUGAACAACAAUUCUCUGUUUUAAAUCUGUGUUUGAUCUCUGUUGGUUGAUGUCUACUAUUUCUGUUUAAGUUUCUCCAUGUAAUGGACUGUCAGUGCUUAAGUUUCUUCAUGUAAUGGACUCCGUUUGCUAUCAAUAAUAUAUAUUAUUUCUGUUUAAACUCUGUGUUGUUGUGUCUUGCAUUCUUUCAUUAUGAACUCAAUUAAUUUUGGUAAUAAUAACAUUGUCUAUUUAUGCAGGUUAAGUCUAACAUGGGACAUGACUACAGCUACAGCCAGCCCUCGGAGUCAGAGGAUUUGUUUUGUAACUCAGUAAGUAGUGGUUUUAGCGAAACAGAUGAUCUAAUUCGACGUGACCAAGCUGAGAUUAGCUUACAGGCUCAUUCAUCAGUUCAGUACCCUCCACAACCGGAGGUUGAGUUUGGCUUCCCACAGAUAUGCUACUGUGGUGCUCAGCCUCUGCUUGCAACAUCUACCGGUCGGAAUAAUCCAGGUUACAUGUCGAUAUGCAUAAUCAUAUACUCAUUUACUCUUCUAUAAGUGAUCAUUUACUUUUCCGUAUUAUCACCACAGGGAGAAGAUACUACACUUGUGUGAAUGCAGACGAUGGAGAGUGUCAUAUAUGGAAAUGGUGGGAUGUUGCGGUGAUGGAGGAAAUGAGAGCUAGAGAUAGACACGUGAUUCAGCUGGCUGAUAAGGUAGACAAUCUGACCCUCUCCAUCGACUAUGAGACUCAACAGAAGAUGGUUAGGCUAGAGAAGCUUGUGACUGAUAUAACCACGAAGAAAUCUUUUUUUACCGGGAGGUUUGAGUACUUUGUAGGUGCUACGGUUCUCGUUUUGGUUUUAAUAGGAACCCUGCACGGAUUAGUUAUAUGACUUGAUGAGCACGAGUACCCUGCAUGGAUUUGUAAUAUCUUAUUGUUGUUUAAUUUGAAGAUGGACUUGUUGAUACUUGUUAGUGUCUGAUGUUAUUGUUUGAAACAUGGUAUUGUUUGAAACAAGUUUACUUUGAAGUUUAUUCUCGUGACCUUUUGCAGAAUCUCUUACACAUUAUUCUCGUGACCUUA